AUGAAGUACUCGUACGCCUUCUUGGCUCUUGCCUCUUAUGUCUCUGCUCAUGGUGUCAUCACCGCUGUGACUGGUGCCAAUGGUGUUACUAUGCCUGGUCUUUCCGUUAUUGACGGCACCCCACGUGACUGUGCCACUCCCGCCUGCGGCUCUGAGGCCGACACUUCCAUCAUCCGCUCCAAAGAGCUGGGCACAAGCAAAGCUUCUGCUCUGGGACGCACUAACGGUGGCGGUCCGGUUGAUGCUGAAGCUGCCAUUGCCACCUUCAUGGGUACAAGCACUGCAAACAAGAAGCGCGGUCUCGCCAAUCUCCUAGGGGGUGGAAACAGUGCUUCCGGCGCUUCGUCCGCGGGCACCAAAACCGCCAAGGGAACGACAGAGCAGGGUGUUGCUAAGGCGGCUGGCACUGGCAAAACCUCUGGUCUGCCGACAACUGCGGAUGACGGUACCAUCACUAUGACCUUUCACCAGGUCAACCAGGACGGUGCUGGCCCUCUUACUGCCCAGAUCGAUGCUACCUCUGGUGGCACCGACCCAUCUGCAUUCAAGGAUGCUCAAGUCACUCAGAAUGUUCCAGGCAUUGGCAUCGGCGGUCUUUCUGCAGCUACAACGACCGACUUCCCAGUCAAGGUUCAGAUGCCCGCUGGCAUGACCUGCUCUGCUAAUGUUGGCGGCGCCUCAAAUGUUUGCAUCGUCCGUCUUCAGAACUCGGCACUUGCAGGUCCGUUCGGUGGCUCUGCCGCAUUCACCCAGUCUCCUGCUGCUCGCAAGCGAGCCAUUGAGUACAACCUGCGCAAGCGCCACAUCGCUCGUGGUCUCCUGGGUAAGGCCGAGGAGGAGGCAUAG